AAUAAAAUAACAUCUGGAGUUACAAUAACAUAACCUUACUUUAUUCUUCACUUUCACUUUAAAGUUUAAUGUAUGAUUAUAUUUUUUAUAGAUAAAGAUUGAUAAACUAUAGAUUCAAAUAUCUCCAUUCAGAAGGUUUUAAAGUUAUUUUUUCAUGUAGAGAAUUUUUGGACUUGAUAUUGAUGUAAUAAGCAAUGUAUAAAAAGAUUCAAUAUUGCACAUCUGUAUUCAACAUCAGUCAAUGUGAACGUUUCUCUACUACUUGUUCUUUAUCAAAAGAGGUUUUAAAAUCUCUGAAAGGAAGGAAACCUAGUUCUCAAGAAUGGCUAAGAAGACAAUUUGCAGAUCCUUAUGUUGAAAAAGCAAGAAAGGAAAAUUACAGAUGUAGAAGUGCUUUCAAAUUGAUUGAAAUAGAUGAUAAAGCGAAGAUAUUGAAAACAGGACAUGUUGUCCUGGACUGCGGUGCUUCUCCUGGAAGCUGGACUCAAGUCGCAAUUUCUCGAGUCAGACCAAAUGCUGAAUCAAAGGGUAUGGUAGUUGGAAUAGAUUUGAGACCAAUUCAUCCCAUAGAAGGAGCUGUCCUGUUGGGUGGACACGAUUUCACCAAAGAUGGAACCAAGAAGAAAAUUCUCCAAAUUCUGGACAAUCGGCAAAUCAAUGUUGUCCUCAGUGAUAUGGCGCCCAAUUCCACAGGCAUCAAGAGUCUCGAUCAAGAUCUUAUCAUGAAUCUGGCUCAAUCUGUUGUUAGAUUCGCUUUGGAAAUGUCCGCGAUAGAUGCGUCAUUACUCAUUAAAGUUUGGGAUGGUCAAGGUGUUACAGAAUUGGAAAAAAUCAUCUCAAAGUUCUAUACACAAACAAAAAGAGUCAAACCUCAAUCAUCCAGGGGAGACUCGGCCGAAAUGUUCUUAUUAAGUACUGGAUUCAAAGGUAUCAAAAGGUAAUUAUCUGUAUUGUUAUAGUCAAUAAAUCUUCUUUUUUUCAAAUGA